UCCCGCGGAGCAGGAGCAAUGUCCAGGGAAGCGGGAGCACUGACAGCUCGUCCCCAGCCGCCCGGACCCGGCGGGUAGGCCGAGCCCAGGCCGGCGCCGUCCCCCGCCAAGUUAUCGCCGCCCCCGGGAGCGACGGUACGGCGGCCGGCCCGGAGUCUGGGGCUCGGCCGGCGGCUCCCGGCCGCCCCCCGGGCCGGAUGACAGCCCCGAGGCGGGCCCGGCCGCGCGGAGCGAGGGUCGGUGCGGGGGCGGCGCGGAGCCCCGGCUCCCCCCCGGGGCGGAACAAUGGGACGGCGGCUGCCCGGGCCUGGCGGGGCACUCACCUCGGCGGCGGCGGAGCGGCUCAGGGCACAUGGGGGGGACGCGGCGGAGCCUCCCGUUCCCCGCGGGCGGGCGGUGCUGCAGCGAAACCCAGCGAGGAGCGACGGCUGCCGUAAGAGGGAGGGAGCGAGCGAGGGAGAAGCUGCUUCCAACCCCAACUGGAAGGACGCGACAUCGGCCUUUGCAGGGGCUCUUUGGCAGCUGGCACAGCUGGCUUCGCCCGUGUGCAGCAGUGCCCGUGGGAAGCAGCCGCGGCCGGAGCAGACGGAAGGCACGGGUGGCGGAUGUCCCGGGUUUUAGCUCGGGGGUCCGCGGUCUGCACGAGCGGGCAGGCACCGAGAACCCCUUUGCAUCGAGCAUCCUUUGCCUGCCCUGGCCACCCAAGGAAGAUGACCCCUCCAGGGGAGCGCUGAGGCCAUACAUCUCACUGCCUCUUUGGUGAACUCCCACAGGCCUAAAAACAUCUUUUCAUCUCUUCCCAGGCUGCUCUCAGUCCUGCCCAUGCCUCUGCAGACUCUUGGCCAAAGUGUCCUUUUCUUCUGCUCAGACACUAGCACAGAUUCUGUCCCAUAGUCUCACAAGUCCCUGAUGUGCCUGAUCUCCCUUGGACUGCACUGCAAGGUCUCAAUCACACUUCUGUUUUGCUGUUACUACAAAGCCAUUGCUCAGGGAAAAGGGAAAAGCAGCCAGCCUAGGAGAGGCCCCAGGUUUGCACCCACCCCUGCAGUCAGCUGGGGUUCCCUCAUUUCAUGCUCACUGGAGUUUGAGCAGGGCAGCCACCAGCAGCAGGCCACUGCAAGGAGCCUGCACUGCCUCUGCCACCAGUGCAGCUGCCCAGGCAGCCUGUGCCAUUGUCUCCAUGGACUUGGACAGCAUCAGAAGUGCUCAGUUUGGUUUCUGCUUUUAAACAGGAUCACUUUUCUUUAUUAACUAUCACCUCUCCAGCAGACCAAGACUGUUCACCCACUGCAGUCAAAAGAAACAUGGAAGCUCAAAGACAGCACAUGAAGCAAUGCAGCCAGCCAGGGUCUCCUGCUUAGCAUUGUCAUGCUGGAGCUGGGGACUGGGAUUUUCCUUUGCUGCAGUCCUAAAGGCAAAACACAGCCUGUGCUGAGGUACUGAGGGAGAAUUUAAUCAAACUGAGGCAUCCUCUUUCCAAAUGAAAAUAUGCUGUUGCAGCUGCUGCAGCUUCAGCAUGGCUGCUAGACCAUCAUCUAGCAAAGACAAACCCCUGACAAGGUUCCAGGAUCACAAUGACACCAAGACUCAGCAUCCUGGAUGCCUUGCUAUUGCUUGGAUGCCUGAUGCAUUCCUGAUGCCUGUAUGGGUGCAGACAGGAUGCAGCUCUUCAAGUCUUCUCCCCUUCUUGUCACUCCUGAGCACCCUGAAUGCCAGCCUGAUCCUCCCAGCACCUCAGAUGCUCACUGCAGCCCUAGGGAAAUCAUCUCAGGUCCACGUAGUCCUGAUGUUGCUGGAAUCCUGGCAUGGAGUAUGAGCUUCACUCCUACCACAACUGCUAUUGCUGCCUGCUCCAGGGUUUUCGGACUGCUCUGCGUGGGGCCCUGCUCGGCUCUCCCUGCUCUUGCGACACUGCUACGGUCCAGGGCAGGCCCUGCCAAGCAGCAAGCCGAGAAAAGGCUGAGGUUUACCGGCGCCGGAGCUGCGAGGGAGCUCCUGCCGGUGCCAGGCGGGGUGGCCAGGGGAGCGCAGCGGGCAUUCUGCGGGCGGGCAGCGCCUGCGGCGGGGCCGCGAAGGGUUAAAGCCAUUGCCGAGGCCGGCGGCGCGAUGAACGCGGCCGGCGGCGGAGCCGGCGCCUCCCUCCGCCCCCGGGCCGGACCGGCGGGGACUCUUAUCCUGAUACGGCGCCUUCCGCCGAGCGCGGCUCCGGCUCCGCGGCCGCGGCGGCACAAAGCCCGCAGAGCCCGAGCGCCCGCGGCAGGGAGCGGGGCCGGGGUCUCGGCAGGGAUGCGGGAUCUCCCGCCGGGACGAGGCGGAGCGGCCUCCGCUCGGGCCCCGGGACCCCGCUCUGCCGGGGCAGCGCCGCAGCUCCGUGUCCCGGGAGGGACCCGGGCGGGCUCGUGUGCCCGGCACACACCGGGCUCAUCGCAGACGCGGGCUCGUGUGCCCGGGGUGGGUGUUGGCAGCUGUGCCGGGCGGACACGCGUUCUGCAGGCACGCAGGAGCGGAGCACGAUGGGCGCCAGCCCCUGAGGCGCUGCGGAGCGCGCAGUGUGCGCUGCUCGCACCACGGAACAAGGAGAUGGUCAAGGAAGGUGCAAGAACAGCUUUUGCUGUCACUGCUGCUACGGUCUUACAAUAA